GCAUUUGAACUGCCUGGCGGGUGCCGGUCAUGGCGGCGUCACUCCCGCUACCCGCGAGUGGGCUCUUCCGAACGUACGGGGCAGCCGGCGGCGGGGGGCCGCGGCGGCGGCCGGGCCUGGCAGCCGUACAGUGGUUCCCGCCGCAGGACCGGAAGCGUUUCUUCAGCAGCAGUAGCAGUGACGCCAGCAGUGGCGGCCCCUCGCAGUCUGUCGUCUCCGACGAUCCUGACGACCCCGACUUCCCCGGCAGCCCGGUGGGUCAGCGGAGGAGGCGCGCUGGCGCCCGACUCGCCAAGGGCCGGCCGAGUCAGAUCGCGACCCCGAGACGCCUGAGGCUGCGACCGCGGUGCCCGCAGAAGUGCAGCACCCCCUGCGGCCCUCUAGGAGCGCCAUCCUUUCCCAACGGCAACCCGGGCUGCCUGAGCCCGGACAUCAGUGUGUGCGGCCAGCCCAGGGACGGCGGCGAGCUGGGCACCAGUGCCUCCCUGUUCAGCUCUCCGGCCUCUCCCGGCCCCGGGUUCCCUGCGCCAGAAGACAGCAUCUGUACCGACCCUUCCACCUUUCUGGAUGCAGCCUCAGAAGCUCCGAGCAACUUCCAUCUCCCAGAAGCCUCCCUGGACCAGGCACCCCUCCCCUGUUCCCAGGACGCAGCGAUAGGAGGAGGCAGGCUCACCAGGUUGGCCCACCAAGCCCAGGCCAGCCUCAGGUCAGCUCUCUUUAGCUUUUUGGACUCAGGAAAUCCUGAGGAUUCUGAGCUUGGGACAGAUGGGAAGAAUUUGCAGGAGUUUUGCCAUGACAGGGAACUGGUGGGGAGGAGGCUGGAGAGCCCAGGUUUAUCAGGCAGGUGUAAGAAGAGGUCCACAGACCAGGACUCUUGUCAAGAGAUUGAGUCUCAAGAGUCUGUCCAGAUAGAAUACGAGGAGGCCCGUGGGUGCAAGGGCAGAAUCGCACCUGGGAAAAGCAACUGGCCUGAGAGAACCAGGCUAAGCCGAAAAAGGAAGCAUCAAGGGACAGCAGAAACCUCCCUCCUCCAUCACCGCCAGGUUACAAAAGGCCAAAAGAUGGAAGACGAUUCUUGUGUCACCCAGGACCUGACUCGUUUACAGAAUGCCUGCUCUUGGACCAAAACCAGAGCCUCUUUCAGUUUCCACAAGAAGAAGAUCGUGACAGCUGUGUCUGAAGUGUGCAGCUGCAACACCCUGGCCAGUUCUCUGUCUGAGUCCCUCAUGUCAGAAUAUUCACACCACCCUGUUGGGAACAGAACAAGCUGUGCUCUGUCCCCCUGGCACUCCUCCUCUAUGUAUUUGCUAACCCCCUUAAAGACACAGCAGGUCACAGACAAAAAGACAUGUGAUGCAGAAAAGCUUUAUGGGGAAUGCAAUCAGGUGGGUCCCAUCCCCUUCAGCGACUACCUCUCCAAAGAAAAACUAGAAUGCUGUGAGAAGAUCGGAGAAGGGGUGUUUGGCGAAGUGUUUCAAACAGUUGCUAACCACACACCUGUGGCCCUAAAAAUCAUUGCUAUCGAAGGACAGGACUUAGUCAAUGGAGCUCACCAGAAAACUUUUGAGGAAAUCCUGCCAGAAAUCAUCAUCUCCAAAGAGCUGAGCCUCUUGUCUGAUGAGGCAUGCAACCGCACAGAAGGCUUCAUUGGGCUGAACUCGGUACACUGUGUUCAAGGUUCUUACCCUCCCUUGCUCCUCCAAGCCUGGGAUCACUAUCACUCAACCAAAGGGUCUGCAAACGACCGGCCUGACUUUUUUGGGGAAGACCAGCUCUUCAUCGUGCUGGAAUUUGAGUUUGGAGGGAUCGACCUAGAGCAAAUGAGAAAGAAGCUGUCCUCCAUUGCCACUGCCAAGAGCAUUCUGCACCAGAUCACUGCCUCCCUUGCCGUGGCCGAGGCCUCUCUGCACUUUGAGCACCGAGACUUGCACUGGGGGAACGUGCUCUUAAAGAAGACCAGCCUCAAAGAGCUCCACUACACCCUCAACGGAAAGACGAGCUCCAUCCCCACCCGAGGGCUGCAAGUCAACAUCAUCGACUACACCCUGUCCCGCUUGGAGCGGGAUGGGAUUGUGGUUUUCUGUGACAUCUCCAGGGACGAGGACCUGUUUAUGGGAGAAGGUGACUACCAGUUUGAGAUCUACAGGCUGAUGAGGAAAGAAAACAACAACUGCUGGGGUGAAUAUCACCCAUAUAACAACGUGCUCUGGCUACAUUACCUCACAGAUAAGAUCCUGAAUCAGAUGACCUUCAAGUCCAAACAUAACACCCCAGCCUUGAAGCGAAUGAAGAAACAGAUCCAGCAUUUCUAUCAGACUAUGCUGAACUUCAGCUCUGCCACGGACCUGCUCUGCCAGCACAGUCUAUUUCAGUAAGCCGUGGGUUCCGACCACCCCAAAGGAGAGGGCGUGGGACUGGAAGCCCCUGAUUCUGUUUUUAACCUUUGUCCCCACAGCAGGGUGGGAUUCCUGCUCUUACAAGUUUCCAAUCAGCUGUUCAAACAAGAAUUUUGUCUCCAAGUUGGAAUUGAAAUUUUUAAACUUAACAAAUAUUCUUUAAAAAUAAACUAUAUGUGAGAACACCGUUUACAACUGAAAAGCCCUUUUUCUGUCAGCAGACUUCAUUUUGUAAAUUUCUUUCCACAGUUUCCUUUUUGAGCUUUGACACUUUGUGUAACCUGAACAGAAAAAAGGAAAAUCAGGAACACCCAAGGCCUCAGCUGUCACACUGCUAAGAGCCUGUUGCUGUAGGUGUCAUAAGGCUGGCUUUGGGAACCACAUUACAGAUGAGUCAACCAAGAGCAAAGAGGCUGUACCAGAGCAGAGUCCCGGGCGUACAGACUGGGAGACGAGGAAGAGAAGAUGGUAGACGAUUUAUAGGGAGAAGUGCCACGUGUUUAUCAGUCUCAUUUGCUGAUCACAGAGAAGCAGAAUUUAUCCAUAAUUUUCAAAAGGAAAAUAAAUGUGUCCGUGGCUACUAAAAA